UCCUGGGACACCAUGCCGGACUCUGAGGAGGAGAGCCUGGACCGGCAACUGAAAAUCGUCGUGCUGGGGGACGGCACCUCCGGGAAGACCUCCUUAGCUAUCUGUUUUGCUCAAGAAACUUUUGGGAAACAGUACAAACAAACUAUAGGAUUGGAGUUCUUUUUGAGAAGAAUAACAUUGCCAGGAAGCUUGAAUGUUAGUCUCUGAGUCUGGGACAAAGGAGGGCAGACAAUAGGAGGCAAGAUGUUGGAUAAAUGUAUCUAUGGAGCACAGGGAGUCCUCUUGGUAUAUGAUGUUACAAAUUAUCAAAGCUUUGAGAAUUUAGAAGAUUGGUAUUCUGUGGUGAAGAAAGUGAGUGAGGAGUCAGAAACUCAGCCCCUGGUUGCCUUGGUGGGCAAUAAAAUUGAUUUGGAGCAUACGCGAACAGUAAAACCUGAAAACCACUUAAGAUUUUGCCUGGAAAAUGGUUUUAGUAGCCACUUUGUCUCAGCAAAGACAGGAGACUCUGUCUUCCUUUGUUUUCAGAAAGUUGCUGCUGAAAUCCUUGGAAUCAAGUUAAACAAAGCAGAAAUAGAACAGUCACAGAGAGGGGUGAAGGCAGAUAUUGUAAACUACAACCAGGAACCCACAUCAAGAACUGUUAACCCUACUAGAAGCUCUAUGUGUGCAGUUCAGUGAGCACAUUUUUCUUUUGUAUUGAUAGUUCUGACUGCCCUUCACCUCUGUGUGGGCCCCAGGGACCUCUAGGAACUUGUUUUAUCAGUGACCAUCUCUGUAGUUCAGUUAACACUUUCCGCUCAACUCGCUUCAUCAUUGUGUGUUGCCUCAACCACAGGCAGCUCCUUGGACUGGAAGGAAUUCAACUUCGGGACCACACACUUUCAAUUCAGCUUGGAAAGCCCAUUCUCUGGAAUCAGACUGCUCCAUUGAGAAAGAAUAAUGUUGGCUCUGUUAAUGGCCUCACGUCUUUUGUCUGUGAUGUAAAUUUUUUUUUUAAACAAAUAUGAAAACUAUCCAGGUCUUGAUCAUCAGCCAGGAUUUUGCUGCAGCACAGUUUCAUUCUCUUAUCUGAACUCAUACCUGGCAAAGUACGCUUCAGAGUGCAAACAUCUGAAUGAGUCAUAUAUUUUAUCUACCAAUACUUAAGAAAGGAUUCUUUUGCUAUCUCUUGUGAGUAAAAAUAUAUAAAGUGGUAUCUAACUGAAAAUGCUUGAAAUAAAGCUAUAAUAGAAAAAGUGAAAGAGGAGAGUGAAAAAGCUUACUUAAAACUCAACAUUCAAAAAACUAAGAUCGUGGCAUCCAGUCCCAUCAUUUCAUGGCAAAUGGAUGGUGAAACAUUGGAAACAGUGGCAGGCUUUAUUUUCUUGGUCUCCAAAAUCAUUGUGGAUGGUGACUGCAGCCAUGAAAUUAAAAGACACUUGCUCCCUGGAAGAAAAGUUAUGACAAACCUAGACAACAUAUUAAAAAGUAGAGACAUCACUUUGCUGACAAAGGUCCAUAUAGUCAAAGCUAUGGUUUUUCCAGUAGUCAUGUAUGGAAGUGAGAUUUGGACUAUAAAGAAGACUGAAUGCUUUC